CUCAGCAGAUCAAUGCUUUUGGGUUGGGAGUGACGUCGCAUGUUGCCUACUACGCGGCGUAGUCGUCACAUGACCAAACGUGCCAGCUACGUCAUCUUGGCAAAAGAAUAAGCAGAGCGAAGGGGGAAAAAAAGAGAAGAAUCUCAUCUCCGGCUGCCGCUCUCCGCGUCUUCUUCUUGACGGCCCACCCCCGGUGUUCGCGUGUCAUUUUUUCCCCCCGGCCGAGAGUGUGCGAACAGGGCGUCUGUUCAACGCUUACGAGACGCAAAUGCCCGGUCCCACCCAAGCCCUUUCCCCGAAUGGAGAGAAUAACAAUGACAUCGGCCCGGACGGCUCCAACAUUAUUCCGUACAGGAAGAAUACAGUGCGAGGGGAACGCGCGUACAGCUGGGGGAUGGCGGUCAACGUGUAUUCUACCUCAAUAACCCAGGAGACUAUGAGCAGGCAUGACAUAACGGCCUGGGUUAACGACAUCCUUUGCCUGAAUUACACCAAAGUGGAGCAGCUCUCCUCAGGUGCAGCCUACUGCCAGUUCAUGGAUCUUCUCUUUCCGGGCUGCAUCAGUCUUAAGAAGGUCAAGUUUCAAGCCAAACUGGAACACGAGUACAUUCACAACUUCAAGCUGUUACAAGCGUCUUUCAAAAGAAUGAAGGUGGACAAGAUUAUCCCAGUGGAGAAACUGGUCAAAGGCAGAUUUCAGGACAAUCUCGACUUCAUCCAGUGGUUCAAGAAGUUCUUUGACGCUAACUACGACGGCAAAGAGUACGACCCGCUGGAUGCCAGACAGGGUCAGGAUGCCAUCCCUCCGCCAGACCCCGGCGAGCAGAUCUUCAACUUGCCGAAAAAGUCCCACCACGCCGCCAGCUCCCCAACCGCAGGAGCCUCAAGGUCAAGCUCCACAACCCCAAAGUCGGCGACACCAACAUCCAGACCCUCCUCGGCCAAAAGAAUCCCCACAGCAUCAACUCCCGCCAAAGGAGAGAAGGAAUUGGAGGUGCAGGUCACACAACUUACUGACCAGGUCAACACAUUAAAGGUGGCACUGGAAGGCGUGGAGAAGGAGCGGGACUACUACUUCAGCAAACUGCGAGAGGUGGAGCUCCUGUGUCAAGAGCAGGGCGAAAACAACGCUCCUUUCGUCGAGCGGCUAAUGGAAGUCCUCUACGCUAUGGACGAUCAGGAGCGAGCCGAGGACCUGGCUGAAGGAGACGGGCCCGACGUGGACCCCGAAGGUCACGAGGAGGCGCCCGAUGAUCAGCAGGAGGAGGAACAGGAUGAAUACUGACUGAAACACACUUUUUCUUCUAUUUAAUAUGUGAGAACUCGUCCUCCUUUUUUUUGUUCUCUCAAAGACUGAACAAAUUGAAGCCACCUCCCGCGUAGAAGCACCAUCACCUUUUUUUAAUUUAAUUUUAUUUUAUAUAUAUAUAUAUAUAUCCCUCCGCUCUGUUCAGUGUCUUUGUGACUUUUUGCUGUGGUCACAAAGUGGAGCUCCGACCAUCACAAGGACUGUCAAAUGUUUCACUCGAACAAAUGCUGAAGUUGUUACUGUUAGCUUUCCAAUUUUUUUGUGUCGCUUGGAUGUCCACAAUAUAAACUACAAGAUUGCAAUAAGCAAAAAGCCCGGAAAGGGCUCAUAGUAGCUCUUACGUUCCCUUCCUGCACUGACAUUUUGAGUGUAUUGGACAAUCUGCCCAGAGACCCUCAUUGUAUUUAUUCUCAUUCUCGGGUUUUUAGACGUAGAUUUCUACAUUCUGGCUCCACGUGAAAAUGGACAUUAGACAUCAUGAAUUGUGUAUACAAUACCAUUGUAUGACAAAACUCGUAUGUGUUUGAAGCAACUUCACGCAACGCCGCAACGGUUUUAUUGAUAAUAUGCAGAAAGGAAGAGACUUCUUUUUUUUUAAGCAUAGCUUUUACAAUGCAACGUGUUAAGUUGUCAAACCUCAGCUUGUGAUGAUUCUUAGCGGUUAGUUUCUGGUGUUAACGGUCAGUCCACGGAGUGUUUUGUCACGCUAUAUAUUCCAGUAAGUACAUCGUAUACCCUUUAUUAAUAUUGCAUUAUUACUAAUAGACAGUUAAGCAGUGCACCAUAAUACUUUGGUCAUAUUAUUGUGUAAAUGAAAAGGAAUGUAAAACAUGUUUGCUGUCGAUAAUUAAUGAAUGGUAAAAAAAAAAAAUUUUCUUCCAUGUCCCACACAUGAUGCAUUCCCUGGAGAAAAAAAACUUUUUUGUUUUGUUUUGCAUGUUUGCAUUUUAUUUGUGAAUAUCUUGACCUUUUUACAUAUUUAAUAAGAAAAGCAAGUAUGUUAAGUGAGCUUCUUUUGUAUGUUUAACCUGUUAUUUGAAAGUUGUUGAGAUUGGGAUGAAUUUGCUGUAAUAAAAUGUUGAGUCCACAUUG